ACUGCGUCACUUCCGGCCCCGUCUCAGGGCGCCCAUAAAGUGUUGCGCGUGGGCGCGCGCCCUCCUCUGGUCCCCUCAGGGCUCGCGGCGCGGUCGGGGGCCGUUGUGGAGCGUGGUGUCAGCAGCUGCAGCGGCGGCGGUUUCUCUGUGUGCGCGCCCGGGGGAGGCCUUACAUAAAGUUUAAAAAUGUCGUAUAUGCUUCCUCACUUACACAAUGGCUGGCAAGUAGAUCAGGCCAUUCUUUCAGAAGAAGACCGUGUGGUGGUCAUCCGGUUUGGACAUGACUGGGAUCCAACUUGUAUGAAAAUGGAUGAAGUGUUAUAUAGUAUUGCUGAGAAGGUAAAAAAUUUUGCUGUUAUUUAUCUUGUGGAUAUCACAGAAGUACCAGACUUCAACAAGAUGUAUGAGUUGUAUGAUCCCUGUACAGUCAUGUUUUUCUUUAGGAAUAAACACAUCAUGAUUGAUUUAGGUACAGGUAACAACAACAAGAUUAACUGGGCGAUGGAAGACAAGCAAGAGAUGAUCGACAUUAUAGAAACAGUUUAUAGAGGAGCUCGUAAAGGUAGAGGUCUCGUGGUGUCACCAAAAGACUAUUCUACCAAAUACAGAUAUUGACAUUCUGUGACACUUACCCUCUCUUUUAGUCCACCUCCACAUACACAUAAUUAUCCUUUGUAUAUAAAAGUUGAUUUACAUUUUUUAUUAUGAACGUGUUUUGAACUCUUAUUUAAAAACUUUGUAAAAUUUCAUUUGAAAAAAUAGAAGACAUGAAGUCUGGAACCAUUUGAUUUCAGAAAUGCAAUAGCUGGAUCAUUCCUUUUGAAUUAAAGGACUUCAACUCUGCAAAUGUCAACCUCUCGGUAUAAUAUAUUUUUUUAACACAAUUCUAUUCUUAGAAAAAUAUGUAAAAAAAUGACAAGUUGAAACAAAUGUACAUGAGAAACUUUUACUGUAGCCUUUUAAUGGAUAAAAAGUAGUGUUGUAUUGUUUUUGCCUUUAGCUUAUUAUCUUUAAUAAUAGUAAUAAUAAAAGUAUUUGCCUUUUAAGGUACACCUCUUGAAGUUAAUGGCUGGUCACUUUUGUCAGAGUCCUGAUAUUUUGUUCAUGUCUGGUAAUGGAAACCAAAACCGUUAGCACUGAAAAGAGAGGGUGAAAUACUAAGCAAGCAAAAUUCUCUGGAAAUACAAUUGUUGCAUAUCUUUAAAAAAAUGUGGUGUGUGUAUGUAUAUGUGUGUGUAUGUAUAUGUAUAUUCCUAUGUUUGAAAAAAGAGGCUUUAAGUGUGAUUUCUUCACUUUAAAGUUAUGAUUAUGGAAUUGCUAUUCUACAACUAAAGUUUAGACACUUAUCAUUAUAUGCAUUUUUCAUUAUAAAACAGACUGAACCACUUCUAACUAAAUCAGAAAAGGUCUUUUGUUUGUUUGUGGGCAAAUGCACCAGCCAUUUUGAGAAAUGCAGGUUGAACUGGUAUGCCACAGCUUGUUCUAGUAACUCUGAAUUUGUUGCAUUCCCUGAUCCUCAGGAACUAGUGCAUAUGGCUGUACUUAACUAUGGUGAAUGAUUCAUUGUUUGCUAUGUAAAAAUGUAUUUCUAGGUGCUAUACAAAAUAUUAAAAAUUAUAUGAAAAGUC